AUGGUAACUUCCGAUAAUUCAGUAAUAAAACGAGCCAAAUUAGUUAUUGUUGGAGAUGGAGCAUGCGGUAAAACAUGUUUAUUGAUUGUUUAUGCAGGAGAUAGAUUUCCAGAAACAUAUAUUCCUACAGUUUUUUCGAGUAGUUUGACUGAAAUUAAUGUAGAUGGAAAUAAAUUAGAAUUAGCUUUGUGGGAUACAGCAGGACAAGAAGAUUACGAUCGUAUUCGCCCCUUAUCAUAUUAUAAUACACAUGUGAUACUCUUAUGCUUUUCAGUAGAUUCACAUGAUUCUCUUGAUAAUGUCCAAGAAAAGUGGAUUGAAGAGUUAACUUCUUAUUGUUAUCGCGUACCUAUUAUUUUAGUAGCUUGUAAAAUAGAUCUUAGAGACGAUGAAAAUACUAUUAAAGAUUUAAAUCAAAUAUCAAGAAAGCCAAUAACUUAUGACGAGGGAUUAAAAGCAGCAAAUAAUAUCAAGGCUGAUAAUUACAUGGAAUGCUCAGCCAAAUUAAAUCAAGGUGUUCAAGAAGUAUUUAAUAAGGCAGCUAGAUAUGCAUAUGACUAUAUCAGUCAAUUUAAAGCAAAGAAAAAGAAAUUAAAGUGUAUCUGUUUAUAA